AUGCUUAAAUCGGCGUUUGUAAAAUUGGUGGAAGUUGGCCCCAGGGAUGGGUUGCAAUCCGCCUGUAAAGUAUUGCAGCCCGAGCAGAGGGCAAUUCUUAUUAAAUUGUUGGCGCACGCAGGACUGACCUCAAUUGAGGGCGGCAGCUUUGUUUCCCCCAAAUGGGUUCCAACCGUACACAUGGAUGACGCGUGGCGUUUGAAGAGAGACAAUGAGCCCUUAUUGCCAUUAAAUGCAUACUCUUUUCUUGUCCCCAAUAAAAGGGGGCUUGAGGCGGCAUUGAAUGCCGGCGUAAGCAACAUUGCUGUUUUUGGAUCGACCACAGAGUCUUUUUCGAUGAAGAACCUUAAUUGCUCCAUUUCGGCUAGCAUGCAGGCCUUUGAGGAUAUCAUUUUCGAGGCAAAAACGAGAAACCCCAACAUAACGAUAAGAGGUUACUUGUCCUGUGUUUUGGGCUGUCCUUAUGAAGGACUGGAAAUCGAUCCAAAAAGAGUUGCCUGUUUAGCAAAGCAAUACAUAGACAUGGGAUGCUCUGAAGUAUCCCUUGGGGAUACAAUAGGAGCUGGAACCCCCCAGCGAUCGGAGCAAUUAAUUGAGGCAGUUUCUAAUCAAAUAGCCCUUCCUAAAAUUGCUAUGCACUUUCACAACACAUAUGGGCAGGCCCUUGCAAACAUAUGGGCAUCGCUAAAAGCUGGAAUACGCAUCUUUGAUUGCUCCAUUGCCGGAUUAGGAGGCUGUCCCUAUGCAAAAUCUGCAACCGGAAACGUGGCAACUGAAGACGUUGUAUAUAUGCUUCAAGGAACAAAAUACGAUCCAGGCGUCGAUUUGGAUAAGCUCAAGAUCGCAAGCGAUUACAUUCUGCAUCAAUUGGGUAUUUUCCAUCCACCAUGGCUUAUUAUAUGGUAG